ACCACACAAGCACCACAGAAAGAGAGAGAGAGAGAGAGAGAGAGAGAGAGAGAAAUGGAAGAAAAGAGCCUCCUCCGUUUUUUGUUUCUCAUGUUUGGCGUCCUCCUCCUCCUCGUCUUCACGGUGUUCAACCUCCCCUACGCGACGCCCGACAAGGCGGAGCUACUCGACUGCACCUCCACAUGGUGCACCUCCAAGAACCGCUUCCUGAAACCCCACUUCCUCCAAGACCCCCCCAAUCCCACGCGCCACCACCACUCCGCCGUGCCCCAUCACCCCCUCGACCCCCUCACCGUCCAGGAAUUCAACAAAAUCCGCACCAUCCUCUCUUCCCACGCGCUCUUCAAAUCCUCACCCUACGCGCUCCACUCCAUAGUUCUCCAAGAGGCCCCCAAGCCACUCGUCCUCACCUGGCAAAAGGGCGACCCUCUUCCCCCACGUGAAGCCUCCGUCGUCGCACGUGUCAACGGCGUAUCGCAUGUGCUAACCCUCAAUAUCGACAUGAGUCAGGUGACCCGAAUAGAGCCGGGUCCACUCUCCGGGUACCCGAUGAUGACUAUAGAGGACAUGACCUCUGCCACUUUGGCUCCACUCGCGAACGCCGAUUUCAACCGUACGAUCAUCGAGCGAGGGAUUGAUUUGACGGACCUCGCUUGCUUACCGAUUGCAACCGGGUGGUUCGGUAAAAGUGAGGAGAACCGGAGGUUGAUUAAGGUACAGUGCUUCUCCAUGAAGGGCACUGCAAACUUCUACAUGAGGCCUAUCGAAGGGCUCACAGUGCUGCUUGAUAUGGACACUAAAGAAGUCAUCCAGAUCUCUGAUGAAGGAAGGAACAUACCAAUCCCCAAAGCCGCCGAUACAGACUAUCGCUUCUCCACAAUAAACGCCCAACAACAAAUGAACCUACUGAACCCGAUAUCCAUUGAACAACCCAAGGGUCCGAGCUUUACGAUAGAGGAUCACUUGGUUAAAUGGGCCAACUGGGAAUUUCAUUUAAAACCCGACCCGAGAGCUGGAGUGAUCAUUUCUCGGGCUAUGGUUCGGGACCCGGGAACCGGGGAGAUGAGGAAUGUGAUGUACAAGGGGUUUAGUUCGGAGUUGUUCGUGCCCUACAUGGACCCCACUGAUGCAUGGUAUUUUAAGACGUAUAUGGAUGCGGGUGAAUACGGGUUCGGGUUGCAGGCCAUGCCACUUGACCCGCUUAAUGAUUGCCCGCGGAAUGCCUAUUAUAUGGAUGGUGUGUUUGCGGCUGGGGAUGGAACACCGUACGUCCGAUCCAACAUGAUUUGCGUGUUCGAGAGAUAUGCAGGUGAUAUCGGGUGGCGGCACGCGGAGAGUCCGAUCACGGGCAUGGAGAUUAGAGAGGUGAGGCCGAAGGUGACGUUAGUGGUGAGAAUGGCAGCGUCAGUCGCAAAUUAUGAUUAUAUCGUAGAUUGGGAGUUCCAAACAGAUGGACUAAUCAGAGUCAAGGUUGGACUUAGUGGUAUCCUCAUGGUGAAAGGCUCUCCUUAUGUGAACAUGAACCAAGUGAACCAACAAGAAAACCUCUAUGGCACCCUUUUGUCCGAAAAUGUGAUCGGCAUCAUCCAUGACCACUACGUCACAUUCCACCUUGACAUGGACGUCGAUGGCACUGACAAUUCCUUCGUGAAUGUCAAUCUCAAAAGGGAACAGACCUCCCCGGCGGAGACCCCUCGUAGGAGCUACAUGAAAGCUGUGAGGAAUGUGGCCAGGACUGAGAAGGACGCCCAGGUUAAGUUCAAGCUCUAUGACCCAUCUGAAUUCCACGUGAUCAAUCCGUCUAAGAAGACACGGGUUGGGAAUCCGGUUGGGUACAAGCUCGUUCCUGCUGGCACGGCCGCUAGCUUGCUAGAUCCUGAGGAUCCUCCUCAGAAGAGAGGCUCAUUCACAAAAAAUCAAAUUUUAUAUGGUUUAAAAAUUAGAAGUGAGUAAAAUGAUGUUUAAUGA